UAGACAUUGGGCGCAAGAGUUCAACAAUCACCAGGGAAUUGAUUUUGAGCUGUCACUUCACUUUACCUACUAUCUUAAUUCGGCAAGAAAAGAUAUCGAGAUUUUAUUGAACAUUGAAAAGCGUGAUUUCAUGUUCAAAACGGGUCAAUAGGUUAUUGGACGUUAACUCCGGGUAUAAAUAAUUUUCCGAGGGUCGCACGGAUUUUGUGUUCGUGAUUGUUGUGCUUUAUACAUUUGCAACGUGCAGUAUGAUGCGGUUGGGUCUGUUCUACAUUGUAGUACUGUGCACACUGUUCAGUUAUGAGUUGGUCGAAUCAAAAUUUAAACCGCGAACAACCGAUAAGGACCUAAGCAAUUCACCACAUGUCUUUGAAGGUGAACAUAGUGCAGCAUAUGAUCAUGAUGCAUUUUUGGGGAGAGACGAGGCCAAAAGAUUCGAUGAUCUAACACCAGAAGAAAGCAAACGAAAACUGGGUGAGAUUGUGGACAAAAUUGACUUAAAUAAUGAUGGUCAAAUCACUUCCGAAGAAAUGACUGCGUGGAUUAACAAAGUAUCCAAGAAAAUGCUUCUUGAUGAUGUUGAUCGCGCUUGGAAAGAUUUUGAAUUGCAAGAUGGAGACAAGUUGUCUUGGGAGAAACACAUUGACGAGCUGUUUGGUGAAGACGGAGAUUUAGAGGAUGAAGAUGAUGAAACAAAGAAAGCCUAUUCUGAAAAAGACAAGAGGCGAUGGAUGGUUGCCGAUGCAGAUGGAGAUGGGAAGUUAUCAAAACUAGAAUACUUGGCAUUCCUUCAUCCAGAGCAUGAACCAAAAAUGCGAGAUGUCGUUAUAAAGGAAACAAUGGAAGAAGUUGACAAAAAUAAUGAUAGCUUCGUUGAUCUUGAUGAAUAUAUCAAAGAUCUGUGGUCUCCAAAUUCACCUAAUGAAACGGAGCCUGAAUGGGUGAAGACUGAAAGAGAGGAAUUUGCCAAACGACGCGAUAUUAAUGGAGAUGGAAAACUGGAUCUGGAUGAGGUUGGCAAAUGGAUCGUACCUGAAGAUUAUAAUCAUGUCCAAGCAGAAGUAACCCAUUUAUUCUCAGAAUCAGAUGCAGAUCAGGAUGGGAAACUCAGCAAAAGCGAAAUAUUAAUUCGUUACGACUUAUUUGUUGGUAGCCAGGCAACCAAUUUUGGGGAAAUCCUGACUAAUCAUGAUGAACUAUAACAAUGUAAAAUCUGUCAGUGAAUUAAUCCGACAACCGACUGUCUAUUAAAUAUCUUAAGGAUCUUUUUCUCCUAAAAGUCUAACAUACUUUUUCUUGGUUCAUAGUUUUUCUGAGUUAUAAUACGUUAUUACCUCUAUUGCACAAACACCGUUAAUUCAUAUGUUCUUGUUAAUCAACACUUAAACUUUCAAAAACACUUGAUUAAUCAAGUGUGUCAAUAAAAUUUGUUGGAGAUCGUACAUUUUACAAGUGCCUAUUCUAGCGCUUAUUUUAUCAUUAUCUUAAAAACAAUUUCGUUUAUAUUUUAUUCUCUUGAGCUAUCCGUUUAUUUUCAUGUUUCAUACUUUUUAAUCGUUCAUUUGUAUAUGAAUCAAAAUAGUUUAUUUGCCAGGUUCAUUUUUAGCCGAUCUCUUUUGUGCGCAUGCUUGUCAUUAAUAUAUUUUGUGAUGUAUAAGAAAUAUAUUGUUUCUUUACAUAUAUUUAUUUCUAAUGUUCAAAAAUAUGACUGAUUUACUCAUUGGUUAACGAAAUCUGGAUUUAGUGUUAUUUUCUCGAUUAUUAAAAACUUCUAUUUGUAAGUAAAUGCAAGUUUAAUCAAUCUUAUGUAAGCUUCAGUUACUCUCGCGAUCAUUUGUAAUUAUUGGCUUUCAUUUCACACUUGUAUGUAUUAUUCCCGUUCUUUGUGAUUAAUGAAUUACUUAAACUGUCAUCUAUGAUCUACAACUAAAAAAUUUCACAGACUCU